GAUUUAUUAAUAAGUUUCAAUUCUCGAAUCCGAUUAAUAUUUAUCGUUUAAAAUAUUCCGUUAAGAAAAAAGUUCAAUUUCAGGGGCGCGCUACUCAAACUGGUUAGUUUUAAUGGCGGCGCCGGAGACUGCGGUUGAUUUGGAGAAGAAUUGUAGAGCGUGCACCGAUUUUAAAACUUGGGCCAAGAAGCAAGGGAUGAAUGUCGAAGCUGCCGAAAAGAAGAGAUCAAAAAGAAGAGAGUGUCCAUUGGAUUCGAACAGACUGGGCUAUUAUACUUGGUCGUUCCUCCACACCAUGGCUGCCUACUAUCCUGAAAAGCCAACUGUAAAAGAACAGGAUGACAUGAAAGAUUUCAUUGAUAAAUUUUCAAAAUUUUAUCCCUGCGAAGUCUGUGCCACGGAUUUCCAAGAGAGUAUUAAGUCAAAUCCGCCAAACACGACAAGUAGAAAUUUACUGUCGAACUGGUUUUGCGAAAGACACAACGAAGUGAAUCGCAAGUUGAACAAGCCCGAAUUUGACUGUAGCAGGGUGCUGGAGAGAUGGCUGUACGGCUGGAAGGACGGCUCUUGUGACCGGUAUCCUAGUCGACGUUCCGACUAGAUCCAUUAGAGAUUAAACUCUAAUAAAAUAAUUAAUAUAUUUUAAAAAUGUUUCUAAACUUUAUAAAAACAAAGUUUAUAUAUUUGAUGUUAGUUAUGUUGUAUAUAAAACAUUG